GCGAUGAAGCCCUUAAAUGCAUUUCAGUUGCGCACGUCUUCAAGUCCUUCGUCUUCAUUGAUAACACGAGUACGCCGCGAACUUCAACAUGUGACAAACUUACUUCCUCAAAUAAAAAGCGAGUAAAAAAAACACUUAUCCCAAUCGCGUAAAAUUCAAAUUAGCGUAAUUCUACAGUACUCAAAAGUUGAUUGCAAGAUGUUACGAGAUUGCUCUCAGCAAUGGUACGAAAAGGGUUGUGAGUGGUCGAGACGGUAAUGUAGUUAUGCCUUUUGGGUUGUAGAACGGAGCUGAUGCAGGGCGCAUGCGCAGUUGAUACUGCAGCUUGUCGGCGAACCUGAAGCAAGCCGUUCCGGUUCGCAGUCGAUAGCCAGUUCCCGAACGGGGUUGUCGCGCCUUCUACCCCCUGUCGUGUAGUACGAGUACGAUCUCGAUUUGUUGGACAAUUUUUCCUAGACUAUUCUCGUUUCGUGGUGAGAGUGUUAUACAUCUCAAGCGGUUGAAUGCGGAAUUUACCUAAAUGUGCAAGUCCCGAAAUGUGACAAUCCGUAUGCGAACACUGAAGAUGAAGCGGCGGGCUCUGCCCACGGUCCGGGAGGAGGCGCCGCGCUUCAACAGCGACCUAGUCCUCUAUGGCAUCGUCACCGCCGCCGCCGUCCUCAGCUACUUCAACAGCCUUAAUGGCGAAUUCGUGCAUGACGACAUCCCCGCGAUCGUGACGAACCCAGAUGUGAUUGGGACGAAUUCGCUGCGACAAGUGUUCGACAAUGACUUCUGGGGUACGCCGAUGGGUGACGUCAACAGUCAUAAGAGUUACAGGCCGCUGACUUCGCUGUCGUUCAGACUUAACCACGCUCUCUCCGGCCUCAAGCCGUGGUGGUAUCACGUCAGCAACGUAGUGCUGCACGCGGUCUGUUGCGCGUUAGUCGCACGCGCAUGCGUCACAGUCGCGCGACUGCAGCGCCCUUUUGCGUUGCUUGCCGCGCUACUGUUCGCUGUGCAUCCUGUGCAUACUGAAGCGGUGGCUGGUGUCGUGGGCAGAGCCGACGUGUUAGCUUGCAUACUCUUCCUUGCGUCGCUUCUACUCUAUCACAGACCAUCGCAAAACAAGAAAUGCGUAUGGCUAAGCAUAAUGCUUGGGGCGCUAAGUAUGCUGGCUAAAGAAACCGGACUCACCAUCCUUCUGAUUAACCUGGUGUUCGACUUCUACAAGUGUUGGCCUUUUAUGAAGAAAUCACUAAGUUCCCUGGAGAUGGGGAAAUGCACACGGCUGACAAUGCGAACGGUGAAGGUGAUGUUGUCGAUGGCCCUGCUGGUUUCCUUUCGGCUGUCGUUGCUGCAGGGAUCGCUGCCUGCAUUCUCCAACCAGGACAACCCGGCGGCGUUUCAUCCCAGCUUCUUUGUGAGGCUCAUGACAUUCUGCUACCUGGCCGCUUUCAACUGGUGGCUGCUGCUGUGUCCCUGGACCCUGAGCCAUGACUGGCAGAUGAGUUCGGUGCCCAUCAUCACCAGCGCCUGGGACCCGCGCAACCUGCUUACCUGCGCCGCCUUAGGAGCCAUGUUGUUGUUGAGCUAUCGGUGUAUAGCGGAUAUGCAGGUCCAGAGGCAUACACCAGCCGUGAUAGGGCUGCUGAUUCUGGUGAUACCUUUCGUGCCAGCCAGCAACAUGCUCGUCACUGUAGGAUUUGUUAUUGCUGAGCGAGUUUUGUACAUUCCGAGUGUUGGAAGCGUGAUCAUAACAGCCUACGGUGUCCAGCUCAUGUGGUGCUCGAAACCAGGAGCGAAGGCGUUCCUCGUGGUAGGCUUCGCUGUGCUAGCCGCCAGCAGUGUGGCGAAAACUUACAGGCGAAACGCGGACUGGCGGGACCGAGCUACGCUGUUGAGGGCUGAUCUGGUGACUUUGCCGCAAAACGCCAAGCUGCACUACAACUUCGGCAACGUUCUCAGAGAGACUGAGCAGUACGACGCGGCUAUCCAACAUUACAAAGAAGCUAUCAGGCUUUGGCCAACGUACGCGAGCGCUCACAACAAUAUUGGCACAAUCCUGAGCAACGUCGACAACGCUGAGCAUCACUUCCUCCAAGCGAUCAAGUACAACUGGCGACAUGUGAAUGCACACUAUAACCUUGCAAAGCUGUAUAAGAAAAGCGGUCACACGGAUUUGGCUAUCAGAAUGCUUGAGAAGUGCAACUCGCUGCAGCCUCGCUUUAUCCUGGCCCACUUGGAACUCCUGACAGUUAAGCCAGAGGCGGAGCACCCUGCCAUAAUGUAUCGGGUUCUCCAGUUGGAGCCGGAGAAAUGGGAACAUUACGUGAUGUAUGGACGAUGGUUAAGAAACAAAGGAAUUCCUUUAGUGGCUUCUAAAUUAUUUAUCGAGGCGGCGCGUCUUAGCUUCAAGCAACGCGCCGUCGCACGCGCAGUUAGGAGUGACCUGCUGUCGGUGCGGCAUGCAGCGCUUAUGUACCGCUCGUUGGGACAGAAGUGGAGGAUCUUGCAGUUGUUGACAAGAUGGCACACCUGGCGUCGUGGUCGGUAUAACACAGCAGCUACUCAUAUGUAUCUGCGAGACUGGCGACUCAAGAUGGAGCUACAAGCACGAAUGAAAAUAUAUUCCGAAGCUGUUAACCCUACUAAAUCAACAACAUGUUUCGACCAUAAACAACUUUCAGUUGAAGGAACUCAAGCAAAUGAAGAUAAAAAUCAAAAUAAAGAUGAACUAGUGAAAAAUAAUAAAAACAAACAACCCAAACAAGAAAGUGUAGUUAAUGAUACGGAGAUUGAUAAUAAGGAAAAUAAUGUGUGUGUUUACAAAACGCGUGGGACCAAAAAACAGAAUAUUUCAAUAUCAUCACAAUUAAAGACUACCCAUAACAAAUCGGAGACAGGGCUCAAAGCUGAAACGUGUUUUAGAAAAGAAAAAAAAGUUACUAAAACUAAUGUGAUACCUAGCGUAGAUGGACCUCUGGAACAUGUAAUGAUAAAAAUGGUUUAGGUUUGAAAUUGAACAAUUGCUUUCGAAUGCAAAAAAAACAAGAGAAAUGUGACUGUUUUACGAUAAGAG